UUUCUUUGUCUUUCACGAGGCCAACGAGGGAAAGUCACUCCUGUGCUUGAAGUCAAAAUAAACUAAAGCAGUUCAUAUCUAAGAAGCUGUGCAGCAUGGAGGAGGAAACAGAUGUGUUAGCUGCAGUUUCAUCUACUGUAGAAAUACAGUCAAAUGAAUUGACAGAGUUUUCAUCUUCUGAAGAUUUGAAACCAGAUCUAUCGGCCAUAUUUUUAUCUUCUGCUGGCAUCAAAACAGAAUUAUUGACAUUUAUUAAUUUCCAGGAUAUAAAACCUAACAUGUCAUUUAAAACUUCUCAAGAUGUUAAACCUGAUAUUAAUUCAGAAUUUUCUUCUUCUAAUGACAUAAAAGUAAAACCAGAAUUAUCAUUUUUUAAUGUUCAGGAUAUAAAACCUAACAUGUCAUUUAAAACUUAUCAAGAUGUUAAACCUGAUAAUACAUUUUCAAUUGAAAAAAUUAAUAAGAAACCUGCUGCAUCAGCAGAAUUUUUAACAUCUGAAAGUUUAAAACCAGAAUUAUCAACUACUGAAAAUUUAAAACAAGAUUUCACAACAGAAUUUUUAUUUUUUGAGGAUAUACAAGAAAAUGGACUUGAAGAUAAUCUACAAUUGUCUAGGGACAACGAAUAUAAAAUUUCUCAAAGAUCUGAAAGUAAUAUGCAUAACAAUGCUCAUUCUGAAGAUAAGCCAUAUGAGUGUGAUGUUUGUCAUAAAAGGUUUUCUAGAAAUUCUAAUUUAAAAAUACAUAAAAAAGUUCAUUCAGGAGAUAAACCACAUGAAUGUGAUGUUUGUCAUAAAAGGUUUUAUCAAGGUUCUAAUUUAAGAGAACAUAAAAUGGUUCAUUCAGGAGAAAGGCCACACGAAUGUGAUGUUUGUCAUAAAAGAUUUUCUAGUUCUCAGUUAAAAGCACAUAAAAGGAUUCAUUCAGGAGAUAAACCACAUGAAUGUGAUGUUUGUCAUAAAAGGUUUUCUCAUAUUUGUUAUUUAAGAAAUCAUAAAAUGGUUCAUUCAGGAGAAAGGCCACAUGAAUGUGCUGUUUGUCAUAAAAAGUUUAGUCAGAAGAUACAUUUAUCAUUACACAAAAAAGUUCAUUCUGGUGAUAAGCCAUAUAAGUGUGAGGUCUGUCUUAAAAGGUUUUCUCAAAGUUCUCAUUUAAGAGAACAUAAAAAAGUUCAUUCAGGAGAAAGGCCAUAUAAAUGUGAUGUUUGUUAUAAAAGGUUUUCUAUAAGUUCUAAUUUAAAAAGACAUAAAAAAGUUCAUUCAGAAAAUCUACAAUUGUCUAGGGACAACGGAAAUAAAAUUGUUUAUUAUCAUCAAACAUUUUCUCAAAGUUCUGAAAGUAAUAUGCAUAACAAUGUUCAUUCUAAAGAUAAGCCAUAUAAGUGUGAGGUCUGUCUUAAAAGGUUUUCUCAAAGUUCUCAUUUAAGAGAACAUAAAAUGGUUCAUUCAGGAGAAAGGCCACAUGAAUGUGAUGUUUGUCAUAAAAGAUUUUCUAGUUCUCAGUUAAGAGCACAUAAAAAGAUUCAUUCAGGAGAUAAACCCCAUGAAUGUGAUGUUUGUCAUAAAAGGUUUUCUAGAAAUUGUGAAUUAAAAAUACAUAAAAAUGUUCAUUCUGGAGAAAAGCCAUAUGAAUGUGAUAUUUGUCAUAAAAAGUUUAGUCAGAAGAUAAAUUUGUCAUAUCACAAAAAUGUUCAUUCUGGAGAUAAGCCAUAUGAAUGUGAUGUUUGUCAUCACAAGUUUUCUCAAAGGUGUAACUUAAGUACACAUAAAAAGAAGCAUUCAGAAGUAAAGGCAUAUAAUUCUGGAGAUAAGCCAUAUGAAUGUGAUGUUUGUCAUAAAAGGUUUUCUCAAAGUUCUGGUUUAAGUUAUCACAAAUAUGUUCAUUCUGGAGAUAAGCCAUUUGAAUGUGAUGUUUGUCAUAAAAGGUUUACUCGAAGGUCUACCUUAGGUAAACAUAAAAAGAUUCAUUCAGGAGAAAAGAUGUAUAAUUGUGAUGUAUGUCAUAAAAAAUUUGUGGAUAUGAAGGAUCUCUUACGACAUAAAAUUGUUCAUUCUGGAGAUAAGCCAUUUGAAUGUGAUGUUUGUCUGAAAAGAUUUUCAAAUAGUUCUCAUUUAAGAAGACAUAAAAAGGUUCAUACAGGUGAAAGGCCACAUAAAUGUGAUGUUUGUCAGAAAAGGUUUUUAGAUAGUUCUAACUUAAGUAAACAUAAAAAGGUUCAUUCAGGUGAAAGGCCACAUGAAUGUGAUGUUUGUCAUAAAAGAUUUUCUAGAAAUUUUACUUUAAGAACACAUAAAAAGAUUCAUUCGGAAAGGCCACCUGAAUCAUGAUGAAUGUUAUGUUUGUCCUAUAAGGUUUGCUUGGAAAUGUGGUUUAUUAAGAGAUAAUUUUGUUCUUUUGGGGGAAAAGCCAUAUGAAUUAGAUGU